CGUCGCGUCGAGGGGAGGUAACGCCAGAGUGACGCGAGCGGAGCGGAAGGGAGCUGCAGGGAGUUGAGCGCUGAACGCCGGGCGGCUCGGAGGUCUGUGAUCGCGGUUCUGCUCGUCCGGAUCGCCACGCGCUCGCCGGAGAAACGGAAAGCGCCGCCGCUGCGCGUGCACAGUUUACCGAGAGUUACCGAGCAGAAAGAGACGAGCGGAGCGGAGCGAUGGUGGAUAACAGCGGCAGCGGCAAAACACAGAUGGAGGCCGGUUUGUCAGGUGUGUUCGCCCACAGCGGCUCCGCAGGAGUGAAGCUGGAGCAGAUGAUGGAGCAGCUGCAGCGGCAGCAGCAAGCGCGUCUGGAGAUGGAGCACAAGGAGCGCCGGCUGCGUGAAGCUCACAUCAUGUACGCACAGCAGCUCGCCGCUCAGCAGGCCGUUCUGACCUCCGCUCGGGCUUCAGGGACCGGCUUCAUGAGCAAGAGCCUCGGCACGUCUGGAGCCGGACAUCCAUCCCUUGCUUCUAAUCAAAGCAGUUUGGAUUCAGAACACGAGGACGAGGAGGAACACGGCCGGGACUCUGACUCUGACGAUGAUGAUGGGAUGAUGGAGGGUGAUGAAGGCAGCGAGGAUGAAGCCAGCGGCUUGGAGUUCCUCAGGAAGCAGACGCUGGCGCUGCAGCAGGGAGCCGUUCAUCGGCCCUUCGGGAGCUUCUCGGGCCCCGGGGCCACCGCAGACGCACAGAGAGCUCCGUCACCCGCCGUCAGGGUCAAACUGGAGCCCGAGGACGAUCUGUCACCCGUCGGGCGACCCUCGGCGUCUUCUCCUAACGCUCAAGUGGACUGGAGCUACGAGGAUCCCUUUAAAGCAAACGGCGGUGUAUCCUGGUCAGAUGAUGUGGAUGUUGCUCGUGGAAGAGGGGAAGCAUCCAGAGAUUUCGCCAAGUUAUAUGAGCUGGAUAACGACCCGCAAAGGAAGGAGUUCCUGGACGACCUUUUCACCUUCAUGCAGAAGCGAGGGACUCCGGUGAACAGGAUCCCCAUCAUGGCGAAGCAGGUUCUGGAUCUGUACAUGCUGUAUAAGCUGGUGACGGAGAAGGGCGGACUGGUGGAGGUCAUCAAUAAGAAGAUCUGGAGAGAGAUCACCAAGGGUCUCAACCUGCCCACAUCCAUCACCAGCGCCGCAUUCACGCUCCGCACACAGUAUAUGAAGUAUCUGUAUCCGUACGAGUGCGAGCGGAAGGCGUUGAGUUCUCCCAGCGAGCUGCAGGCCGCCAUCGACAGCAACCGGCGUGAAGGCCGUCGACCCAGUUACAGCAACAGCCUGUUCCGCUUUAGCCCCUCCCCCGGCCCCGCCCCUCACCUCCUGACCCCGCCCAAGAUGCAUCUGUCAGCACUGGGAGCCAUGGGGGCCCUGAACGGACUGCAGGCGUCCCCGGGGCCAUCUCUGAAGAAGGGACUGGACGAUGCGGUCUCGUCUCUGCUGGCGGGCCGCUCGUCCUCCGUGGCGCUGGUGAUGGGGCAGCAGCAGAUGGCGGGUCUGGCACGGGCCGCGACACUGGAGCAGCUCCGAGAGAAGCUGGAGACGGAUGCACCGGAGAGAAAGAUGCUGCGUCUGGCCGAGGAGCAGCAGAGACUCAUGCAGCAGGCCUUCCAGCACAACCUGCUCGCCAUGGCCUCGCAGAUCCCCGUCAACCUGCGUCCCGGAGCUCCGGCCAGGGAUGAGAAGCAGGAUCUGGCCGUGAGUAUUUCCUCCAGCGGAGCAGCGAGUGUCAGCGUGUCGGUGGAAGUCAACGGCAUCGUUUACUCAGGAACUCUGUUGGCUCAGAAGUCGGCGGCUGCGAGUGUGAAUGUGCCUCACGCUCCUCCAGCAGGACCCAGCUUCACCUUCUCUAGCUCCGCCCCCAGCCAAAGCCCCGCCUCUUCCUCCUCCUCCAAGGGGCGGGGCUCCCCGUAACCCAUCUGCCGGUUGGCUCUCCAGUCACUGAUUGCUGAAAGUCAAACCGUUGCACAACCAGUACCUCAUUUUCUCCUGUCUACAUGAUGUUUGCAGACACACACGACCGGUCAAAAGUUUGGGAU